AUGGAGCAAAAUUUGAAGAUUUCUUCCAAUGAUAGAGAGGCUUUCGAAGAUCAAACCAAGUAUAGGCAGCUUGUUGGAAGUUUGAUUUAUCUCACCACUACUCGUCCUGACAUUACAUUUACAGUAGGAAUUAUGUCUAGGUUUAUGCAUAAACCAUGUGAAGGGCAUUGGACUACCGCACAACGAGUACUAAAAUAUUUAAAAGGAACCCAGACUCUCAGCAUCAAAUAUUCAAAGGUAUCAGACUUUCAUCUCACUGGCUAUUCUGACUCAGAUUUUGAUGGUGACAAAGAACAUGGGGUGUCUACUUCUGGUUAUUUGAUAACUCUUGGAUCAACAACUACCACCUGGAGAUCAAAGAAACAAACAGUUCCUAUUGACUCUACUACUGAAGUAGAAUAUGUAGCAGUAGCUCAAGCCACCAAAGAAAUUGUGUGGCUAAAGAAAAUUCUUGAGGACUUGCAGGAGAAACAGAUGACUUCAAUGCCUUUAUUUAUUGACAAAAAUUAUGUGAUUCAAUUGGCCAUCCAAUAUUUCAUGAUCGAACCAAGCAUAUAA